CGGAGCUGGACGCCUAGGAUAUAUAAUGUCAUUUUUAUCAAGAUGGCAAUGUUGCCGGAAGAGACGGUCAAAGUGGUGAACCCUUGUCGGAGGGAGGCGACUGUAGAUGAACAUUCACCGGAGCUCAACGGCGGCAGAUGUCGGCGGUGGCAAGUCCCUGAAGGUGGCGGGAGCGUGGAGUUGAUGGCAAUGGGUCCCUGGAGGGGACGGACUCGUCAGAUGCUUGUGAUUGUGGUUUUUCUGGACUUCGACGACGGCAGACUCGCCGGUCGGAGGCGGCGGUAUCGCCGGACGGAGGUGGCGGUAUCGUCACUGUACAGCCGAUGAAGAAUAGAUAACAGGCAGCUAGGGUUUUGAUGUGUUAUUAACAUAUUUUUCUAUUUUUUAAUUGUAAAUAAGUCUGGAAUUUCAUUAAGGGUAUUUUAGUCGGUCAAUACAAUUUUAC